GGUGUUCGGUAAUGGAAAUGCCAUCGGGUUGAAUCCUGUGUGAGGGCCGGUUUCUCGUUACCGCCACCCACUUUUGCAGUCCCCCAGUCGUUCUAUUUGAUAAGCUGCUGCAGCAGCAGUGGAGGAAGAAUAAGAAACCUGCAGUUGAAGUGGGCUUUCUGUGAAGUGCGUGUGAGCGAGAGAGGUGAUGGGGAGUGGAUCGUGCAUGUUGCCUGUCUCUAUCUGACUGCUGGUGGCUUUGCAGCCGGAAGAAGCUUUUCCUAGAAAUGUUCUGAGUGCAACUCUGUGCAAGGAGAGAAACUAGGAUGCUGCUGGGUGGAUGCGAUAGCGGCGAGACGAUUGCCAAUAAGAAGAAAAUUGUCUGAGGAAAAAGCACGACCGAAAAGGAAAAGUGAAAAAUACGCCGAAAAGCGCCAAAAUUUUGUCCGUCUGUGAACUGCAGAUUUCUUCCCGGUGUGUUUCUUCGACUUUUCGGCAACGAGGAAGACGAAGAAAGUGUGUUUGUACCAGUUUUCGUGCGAUUUUGGCUGAGACCGUCAUCGUAGGUGGAUUCGAGGAAGAUAUUUUCCGUCGUUCCGUACUUGUGAAUGAAACUGUGCGCUUUUAGGUACAUCUUUGACACACUAAAGUUUUGCCAGUGAAACACAAACGUGGUGCUCGGUAGAUAUUCUAUGGAAGACUAGAAAGUUUCUCUCGACGGUUGUGGGUCGGAAGGUACAGGAGAAGGUUACUGUUUUUGAUAAUCAUGUGAUUUUGUGUUGUCUACUGGCGGGAGCGGGAAUAAUGAAAAUACAGACCAUUGCAGAAUUCCUGCAUCUGCAAUAAAAGUGUCACCGUCAUCGUAGGUAAUUCUGUCAGUGGAGAAAAAAAUAAUUGAAGCCUGAUCAAUACCCAAUAUGAGUGAGUGAGAAGAAGCAAACAGAGAGAGAAAUUAGCUGCCCAGUCGGUGUGUAUAUUUUGCAAAUUUGCCCGCUCUUGGGCCAACCAACCAACCAGUGACAAAUUGGUCCAUCGCUGGCAGCUGCGAAAAGGGAAAAUUCAUACCGUACAACAACACAUAAAUUAUUGAUUGGAUUUCGAUCACAUACGAGCAUUUUUGGUGGAACGAGCGACAGAAAAAAAAAAGCAGAAGGGAUAAAACUGAGAUUUGUGCGUAGUGGUGCAGUGCAGCAUAUUUGAGCAUAUCGGUGCCAGUGAAAAUAUCGUUCCCGUGCCUCGACGGUCGGCUGGGCUGCGUGUGGUGUGCAAUCGAUCUUUGAUGUGAUAAAAUUUUCUGGUGGAUAAUUUUGGAUGAUACAGAAAUUGUCGGUACUGUUUCGACUGUGCGGUGAGUAAGGUAUCUUUACAAUCGGACCGAAGGAAACAUUACAAGGAUGCAGAAGACAAGGAUAAACGAUAAGACGGUUGUAAUGGCACUACUGAUGUUGUGGAUGAAUUUCGGUUUCACAUUUGCAUUCGACUCACAUCUGAGGGGACCUUCUUUCGUUAUGGAACCACCUCCUCGACUCGAAUUCUCCAAUUCUUCCGGCGGUUGGUUGGACUGUUCGGCCUCGGGUAGCCCACAACCCACUAUAGACUGGCUCUCGGUGGACGGAACGUCCGUCGGUGACGUUGGUGGAGUACGACGAGUGCUACGGAAUGGCACCCUAGUGCUGCUACCAUUUCCUGCUGCUGCCUUCCGGCAGGAUAUUCAUAAUACAAUCUAUAGAUGCGUAGCAUCUAACACUGUAGGACGGGUAAUAUCCCGGGACGUUCAAGUCCGAGCAGUGGUUGCUCAAGCGUACAAAGUUGACGUCGAAAUGCUGGCAGCGUCCCGAGGCUGUACCGCUAUUCUGCGUUGUGUAGUGCCUAAUUUUGUUAAGGAGCUAGUACGGGUGGUGUCCUGGGUGCAGGAACCUGCCUUCUACAUCUAUCCCUCGCUGCAGGGUGAUGGAAAAUAUCACCUGCUUCCCACAGGCGAGCUUCUAGUGCACAAUCUAGAGUAUAACGACCGGUAUCCCUCGUACCGGUGUAGGACGAUGCAUAAACUAACGCGGCAGGUCGUCACCAGCAGUGCAGCGAAGAUACGAAUGAAUGAUCAAAGGGGCAUCGUGUCUCCUAGUGUGGUAGAGCAUACGUCACAUGUAUCAGUGUCACAGGACGAAGGAGCCGUCUUGCUUUGUGUGGCACAAGGCUGUCCAUCACCAGAAUAUCGAUGGUACACCCAUAACGGACCGGAACCGAUUCCCGUCUCGUCCGGACCGCGGAUACGACUGCUCGGGCCGGUGCUAGCCAUCGAGGCCGUGACGAGCGAGGAUGGAGGAGUCUACAAGUGCUCCGCUUCGAAUGCCGGUGGCGAAGCCAGUGCCGAUCUGCGGCUAACGGUGUCGACACCGAUUCAUGUUGAGAUAUCUCCAAACGUGCUAAGUGUUCACAUGGGCGGCACUGCCGAGUUCCGAUGCCUGGUUACGGCCAAUGGGAUGAAUGCGGGACCACAGCACAUCACAUGGUUCAAGGACGGUCGCCAACUGCCCAGCUCGGGGCGGGUGGGAGAUACGCUGCAGGUAACCGGUGUUACCCGGGAGGACAAGGGAAUGUACCAGUGCGUCGUUCGGCGGCAAGAGGGCGAUUCAUUUCAAGCGUCCGCCGAACUGCAACUUGGAGAUGCCCCGCCAUCGUUGGUGUACAGCUUCAUCGAGCAGACACUUCAACCGGGACCAGCCGUAUCGCUCAAGUGUUCCGCUCAGGGUAAUCCGACACCGCAAAUCUCGUGGACGCUCGACGGGUUCCCACUGCCAACCAACGGAAGAUUCAUGAUUGGUCAGUACGUUACGGUGCACGGGGAUGUGAUAUCGCACGUGAACAUUAGCCACGUCAUGGUCGAAGACGGAGGAGAGUAUUCGUGCGUAGCGGAAAACCGAGCUGGAAAGACGUCCCAUUCGGCCCGGUUGAACAUCUAUGGAUUGCCAUACAUCCGACUGAUACCCAAGGUGACCGCUGUAGCCGGGCAAACGUUGUACCUUAAAUGCCCCGUUGCCGGCUAUCCCAUCGAAGAAAUCCAUUGGGAACGCGGAGGACGAGAACUGCCAGAAGAUAUGCGGCAAAAGGUUCAAACGGAUGGAACGUUGGAAAUCAAGGAGGUGCAAAAGUCAUUAGAUUCGGGCGUCUAUACUUGCUGGGCACGGAACAAACAAGGCCACAGCGCCAGGCGGAGUGGUGAAGUUACUGUGAUAGUUCCUCCCAAUAUCGAGCCUUUCAUCUUCCAAGAUGGCCUGGCCGAGGGCAUGCGAACGCGAACCGUCUGCGGCGUGUCCAAAGGUGAUCAGCCAAUGUCUUUCAAGUGGCUCAAGGACGGUGAACCGCUGUCCUCAAUGCUCGGUGCCAACGUGUCCACUCUCGAUCAGUAUUCGUCCCUCCUCAAUAUUCCCUCCCUCUCAGCGGCACAUUCCGGUGAUUACACGUGCGUCGCCAGCAAUCCAGCGGCCGAGGUGAAGUUCACUGCGUCGUUACAGGUAAAAGUUCCACCUCGUUGGAUUGUUGAACCAACCGACGUGAGUGUCGAACGAAACCGCCACAUAACGCUGCACUGCCAAGCCCAAGGAGUUCCCACACCGACUAUCCAGUGGAAGAAAGCAACAGGGAGCAAAUCGGGAGACUACGAAGAGGUUAGGGAACGACCUUACACGAAGCUGCUAACGAACGGUUCACUGCUACUGCAGCACGUCAAAGAAGAUCGAGAGGGAUUUUAUCUCUGCCAGGCUCACAACGGAAUUGGAACUGGAAUUGGGAAAGUUAUUCAAUUGAAAGUGAACUCAUCACCCUACUUUUCGGGACAGUCUAAAAUGGUAACGGUUAAGAAGGGAGAUACGGCAAUUAUGCAGUGCGAAGUAAAGGGGGAUAAGCCAAUCAAUGUAGUUUGGCUGCGUAACGGCAAACAUGAACUGAAUCCUUCUACCAACUAUCGAGUAGCGAUAAAGCAGGAUGCCACUCCAGAAGGCAUACACGCAGAAGUGCAAAUAUCCAGCGUGGAGAGCAGUGACAGUGGCGCUUACUUCUGUCAGGCCAGCAAUCUGUAUGGUCGUGAUCAACAGUUGGUACAACUGCAGGUUCAGGAACCACCGCAGCCACCUUCAUCUCUCGAAACAUCGAUGAUUUCCAGUCGGUCGGUUAACCUCAAGUGGCACCCACGAGGUGGAGACGCCGCCGAAGUUACUAAAUAUAUCAUAGAAUACCGAGAAAUCGACCGCCAAUGGAUGUACAUGGAACUUGACCCACCGAAGUAUUCAGCGAGUAUUGAAAAUUUGAAGCCAGCGACAAAUUACGUAUUCAGGGUCAUAGCUGAAGGACCUGCUGGACGCAGCUCACCAAGUCAAGAACUAUUUAUAAAAACCGAACCUCAAAGACCAGCAGGAGCUCCAUUGAAUCUCUCUGCUAGACCCAUAUCGUCAACGGAAAUUCUUGUCAACUGGAUGCCGCCUACCUACGAGCUUAGACACGGUGAAAUUCAGGGAUAUAGCAUUGGUUUCCGUUCGAUGCACACUAAUUUGAACAGCUACAAUCAUACAUCUGUAGUCGGAGAUGGCGAGGAUGGUUCAGGCGAACUUUUACUUGGGAACCUUGCCAAAUAUACCCGUUAUACAAUAGUGGCUCAGGCCUACAACCAGGUAGGAUCAGGACCUCAAUCGGAACCUGUAACAGCGCAAACUAUGGAAGACGUACCCAGUAAACCUCCAGAAGAUAUAAGAUGCUCUUCAACAAGCUCCACGUCUAUAAAAGUCUCCUGGCAGCCACCGCCACAGCAACACAUGAAUGGCCUAUUGCAGGGAUAUACAGUAUUCUACGAGUCAGUUUCCGAAGAGGCUAUUAGCAAUGGAGACAUGGAAACUCGCAAGACCAGCUCCCUCAUAGCAUCGCUAUCUAGUUUAAGAAAAUUCUCCAACUACAGUGUUCAGGUCCUCGCUUACACGCGAAUGGGCGACGGAGUCAUAUCACCUCCAGUAUUCUGUCAAACCGAAGAAGACGCGCCGGAAGCCCCAUCAGACAUCAAAAUAGCCAUCAGCUCACCAUCAUCGUUAUACGUUUCGUGGCUGCCACCAAAUGAGCCAAAUGGAAUCAUCACAAGGUACAAUCUUUAUAUGCGUGCCGUCAAUGGUCGCGAAGAACUCAGCAAUGAUAAACGCAAUCUACUGCCCCAUCAACACUAUUUCGAAGCAAAACAACUACAAGGUCACACCGAGUAUCAAUUUUGGGUAUCGGCAUCGACGAGGGUCGGUGAAGGCAAAAGUACUCGGGUUGUUUCACUUAUGACCAGCAGUCGAGUGCCGGCGAAGAUAGUCUCCUUCGGAGGUUUGACCAUCAGACCGUGGAAAACGUCAGCCUCGCUUAACUGUAUGGCCGUAGGACAACCUCGUCGGGAGUGGUUCAAAGGUGACGUCCUAUUACGUUCUGGUUCGCAUCAUAACAUUCAAAUUCUAGACUCAGGAGAAAUCAUUAUCACCAUGCUGCAGUCAGCCGAUACCGGUAACUACACCUGUCAGGUUGACAACGGAAUCGGAACUGAUCGACUGACGCACAAUCUACUAGUUCAAGUUCCUCCGGGACCACCUGUCCUGUACGUAACCAGUGCUACCUCCAGCAGCAUACUGCUACACUGGAAAAUCGGAGCAACAGGAAAUGCUCCUAUUACAGCAUUUUCGUUACACUACCGAAGAGUUCAUGGAAACCUAGAGGAGAUGCAAAUUUCUCGGCAUGCGCAAAGCCACGAGCUGAAGGGACUGUUCUGUGGAACUACUUACCAGAUUUAUCUGGUAGCGCACAAUAAGAUUGGCUCUUCGCCGGCAAGUACCACGUUGAAUCUUAGGACCCAAGGGCAAGCACCCGGAAUUCCAACAGCAGCAGUAUUGAUAGCUCCGAACUCCACGUCGGUUGUCUUGCGGCUCAACGCAUGGCCGGACAACGGUUGUCCAAUAUUGUAUUUCGUCGUUCAGUAUCGGUCAGUGGCGAACAAUUUGGAUGACGAGUGGCACUUGGCUUCCAAUGCACUUAAAAUGCAGCGUCGAUAUACUGUUGCGGGACUGCUGCCAUCCACUCUAUAUCAGCUCAAGAUCGAGGCUCACAACGUGGCUGGAUCGACGAGUGCCGAGUACAACUUCGUAACACUCACCAAGGAUGGAGAUCCACCACCGCCAGAUAUACUGCAUCGAGGACAUCGCGCUCAAGUAUUCUACAGCAACAUUCAGCUGCUGAUACCGAUUAUCAUCACCAUCACGGCAACCAUCAUCUGCAUUGCGUUCACAGUAGUUUGCUACAAAUAUCGUGAGUAUAUUGUCCUGUUCUGUUUGGGUUACGGCACUGAGCCUCCUCGUUACUUCCCAGGCCAACGUGGUCGGGAGAGGAAGGACACGAUGGAAGGUAACCAACAGAGCUCAGACGCCCAGCGGGACCGCUACUAUGCUACCAUCCACAAGGUGGCACUGCAAGCUGGCGACAAGAUACCAGAAACCUCCGAGGACAUUUCACCGUAUGCCACUUUCCAGCUGUCGGAAGCAAGCACUUUGGCUCAGCCUCAUCACAGUGGGCCAGCCAACACUCUGUUGCACUCCUUCAUGUACCACGAACGUGCCAUGACUGAGGGAUGCGCUUCGCCACCUCCCGCAGCGGUACUGAGACAGCUUCAUAAUCAAUCGCCUUACUAUAAUAUUAAUUCGUCGAAAGGUCGUCGAAGGCAUUCGCGUAAAACUGAGCCUGAAAGUGAAGAAUCAGACUCCGACCCGGACCAGUUAACGUCCAGUCGAACUGAAUCGUCGAAUCAGCUGGACGCCAAGAUCAAGCACAGUAAGGAAGACCUUCUACAACCAGCCGCCUGUGGGGAUGAUGAGCUCGUCUAUAACCAGCAUUUCAUGCGUUCCAUUCCAGGUCUCAUCUAUCAUGGCACGCAAUCGAGCACCUCAUCCGACCUGUCACCGAUGUCCGAACAAAAAUCACUACCUCGUCGUGGCAGAUCAAGGGGAACAAUGAGAUCCUUACUUACACCACUACAUUUACCCGACAAUACACCGGGAGGCGGUGGCGGACCGCUGUUCCACCAGGUGCCGAUCGAGAGUGGCACGCCGGACCGGCUGGAGCUGUCGGAGGCGGAGUGCGACAUCGACACGAUCAAGAAGCUGAAGCUGGGUAUGCGUUCGUCUCUGUGGUCCCGACCCCAGCAAAGCCAUAGUGCGGUGGCGAAUGCAGCAGUCGGUGGUAACGGUGCCGGUGGUGGACCAGGAGGAGGAAACGGCAGCACAACCCAGGCACCGGGUGGCCAUCCGUCGGAUUACUCGAUUGCGGUAUAAAGUGGUUACUCUACUCCUACCAAACGUACUUUUGAAGACCAUGUGCAGGAUUUAUAUGGACACUUUUUUAGAGAUACCUACAUCUCUGUUUCAACUGAGACCGGAUAGGGUUUUAUUUAGGCAUCUCUGAGGUAGGUUAAGUUGCAGGUAUAUUUCGCAAAACAUGCACCUAUCAUGCAGGAAAAGUACUGAGCAUAAAUUUUAAACGAGGGUAAUGUUCCAAAUUUUAUAAACAAUACUGAUUCAAAAUGAGCAGUGACUAGCAACGAUGGGUUUGAAGUUUUCCCGACAAAGUUUGUUUUGUCUAAGAAAGGUAUGACAGACCUAUUUGGGCCCAUGCAUUAAUUAUGUCACGCUAAA